AUCCAUCGGCACCCUCGUGGCUACAUCCUUUAGCGAUGAAGAUGCUGUUUCAAGGGUCCCAGUGACUGAUCUCUUUCCAGGUCCCCGCAGGCCUGACAUUUAGGGCGUCCCACACUGUGGAGGGAGCAUCGACCCACCACGGUCUGAGAGGACAUGUGGGAUCCGUUUUCAGCCCCUAGUGCCACCAGUCAGAGAGAGAUGAGGGAAUUGAGGCUUCUUCCUCAAUCUUCAGUCUCUCAAAGACUCAUGUUCAGUAUGUUGGCCACUCUGCCCACACAUCCUGUGGCGGUAGAGGAGCAUAGUGGGGCCACAUACGAGGCUUUAGAAUCGGGACACUGGUCCUCGCAGAGAUGCUGCCAGUCGGUAACUUGUAGGACCAUUUUUUGAAGCGUGGCCUUGGCUUGUUACACAACAUGGGGAAUGAUUUUAUCUUUCUCAUUGUUUCUGUUCUUAAUUAAGCUGUCUUCAGUUUGGAGAUGUUUGUGCCCAGCUCAGUUACCGGACCCAGGAGAUGGCGCUACCAUCACCCCUGGGACUCCAGCGUUUGACCUGUCGUGGACAGACUUGGGAAAGACCAUUGCUAGAUGUGAAAGCUUGGGAUCUGCUACAAUGGCGUCCGAUGACUUUGAUAUAGUGAUUGAGGCCAUGCUGGAGGCUCCCUAUAAAAAAGAGGAGGAUGAGCAGCAAACUAACGAGGUUGAAAAGGAGAGCCCUAGUAACACCACCAACAGCACCAGCCGUACCGGCAGCAGUGGCAGUGGCACCAGUGGGAGCAGCGCCAGUGGGGAGGCAAGCAAGAAGAAGAGGAGUCGGAGCCAUAGUAAAAGCAGGGAUAGAAAACGCAGUCGUAGUCGAGACCGUCAUAGGCGGAGAAGCAGUCGGAGCCGGAGUCGAGAUCGGCAGCGUCGUCACCGCAGCCGUAGCUGGGAUCGUCGACAUAGUGAGUCACGAAGUCGAGACCGACGUCGUGAGGAUCGUGUGCGCUACAGGAGUCCACCGCUUGCCACUGGGGAGCCAGUUGAUAAUCUGAGUCCUGAGGAGCGGGAUGCCCGCACAGUGUUCUGUAUGCAGUUAGCUGCCCGCAUUCGGCCUCGAGACCUGGAGGACUUUUUCUCGGCUGUUGGCAAGGUUCGAGAUGUACGUAUCAUCUCAGAUCGGAACUCACGUCGUUCUAAGGGCAUUGCCUAUGUGGAAUUCUGUGAGAUCCAGUCUGUGCCGCUGGCCAUUGGGCUGACCGGGCAGCAGCUGCUGGGAGUGCCUAUCAUUGUACAGGCCUCACAGGCUGAGAAAAACCGACUGGCAGCCAUGGCUAACAACCUGCAGAAGGGCAGUGGUGGACCAAUGCGCCUCUUCGUGGGCUCCCUGCACUUCAAUAUCACCGAGGACAUGCUCCGGGGCAUCUUUGAGCCCUUUGGCAAAAUUGAUAAUAUUGUCCUGAUGAAGGACUCAGAUACAGGCCGCUCUAAAGGUUAUGGUUUUAUUACGUUCUCUGACUCUGAGUGUGCCCGCCGGGCCCUGGAACAGUUGAAUGGCUUUGAGCUUGCUGGUCGGCCUAUGAGGGUUGGCCAUGUGACCGAGCGACUGGAUGGUGGCACAGACAUCACUUUUCCUGACGGAGACCAGGAGCUGGAUCUGGGAUCAGCGGGUGGACGUUUGCAGCUCAUGGCCAAAUUGGCAGAAGGCUCUGGAAUCCAGCUGCCGACCACCGCUGCUGCUGCCCAAGCUGCUGCCUUGCAACUGAAUGGAGCAGUUCCUUUGGGGGCCCUGAACCCAGCGGCUUUGACUGCUCUGAGUCCGGCCCUGAACCUCGCCUCCCAGGCAAUCGCCUCCCAGUGCUUCCAGCUUUCCAGCCUCUUUACCCCCCAAACCAUGUAAUGAGUGGCGCAGUCCACUGCCUCCCUGUGCCUCUGGGUCCUGCCACUCCCUUCUCCACGUCUACCCUUCCAUGGCCCCUUCUCUCCAUUCUGUGGACCAAACCAUCCUGAGGGUGUGAACAUUGACGGUGGGGGAACUGGGACCCCCUCGGACACCAAGGAGAGCUCCUGCCCACCGCAGCCGCAGUGGGAAUGGACCCUGGUGAGCAAAGCUGCCAGUUGAAGAGAACAGAAUCUGCACUUGCAUUGAACAUCUGUUUCUCUGUGUUUAUCGUCUCCUGGGAUGACCUUCCUUGCCCUUUCCAACCACCUCUUACUGAUUCCUUGAUUCCUCCCCCAUUGGGAAGGCCAUAGGGCAUUAACUGAAGGACCUAACUGCUCUCUGCCUGCCUGUACCUUUACCCUACAAUCUGUCACAGAAAACUUUUAAGACCUCUGGUCUGUGAGGACUUUGGGGUUUGAGGGAGUGAACCUUGAAAGUGCUGGCUUGCUGCUACAAGGGCCCUGGAAGAUAGCACGGACAUGUGCGUUGGGAAGCCUGCCUUAAACCUUAGCUUGGGGGCCAGAACUGCUACUGUGGGCUCAACAUCUUGCUGGGAGGUGUGGGAAUGAUCUCUCCUGCCAGCCAUUUUGGAUGUCUUAGGGGCAUUCGGGAGUUCAGUGAAAGGUGGAGUACCUUUCUGUUAUCUUCCAUCUUCCUUUGUGUAGUUGUCCUUCCUUUGGCCCAGAGUGGGAGGAUGGAGGGGAGGCUGCUUCUCUCCACCACUUCCAUGUGCCUCUGGAGACUGUGGGCUCAAGCCCAUCUGGGCACACGUGAGUCCUUCUCACUCUAUUUUAUACCCUUGUAUCUGUGUACAUAAAUAUAAAUAUAUAUAUAUAAACUUUGUACAAAAGGCAGGUCCCACGGUUGUGGCGGCAGCUGCCCAUGUGUGUGGUCUCGGUCCAGUGGUGUGUCUGUCUGACGUUAACUUAUCCUGAGCCAAAACCACGAAUGGUUCUAGGGAUAUAAAACAUUUGUAAUGCCA